AUGGAUAUACGUAGUGUUAUGGUAGUUUUUAUAUAUUUGAUUAUAGCCGAGUGUAAUACCGUUUUUGAUUUAUCGAGGAAUCAUUGUCCUAACACUAAGGCACCUAUAAGUAUAGUAAGGAAAAGAAGACAUCUAACAUUUCCAGCUGGAAGUAAUGCUGUUAUCACGAUAUCACUUGCGAAAACUUUUCUGACGCACAUACCGUCUGGAUGGUAUAUGACCACAGACUUAAAUGUCAUGUAUCCCUUACCAGAUCCAAAGUUCACAAUCGCACAUUCUAGAAGAAAACUACACCAUCGACAGAAGAAGGACUUAUGGGAAAGUCUUCAAAAUGCCAUCGAUCUCAAUAAUUACAACGGACGGGCUUGUAUUUUAAGAAGCAUAUGUGAGGCUAAAACGGAACUUGCGGAACCAGGGAAAUCUCUAAUACAUGAUCUGUUAAGAGCUAUAUUCACGUCACCAUCGUUUGAAAAGGAAUUCCAAGAUGAAAUCGGUGAUACGUACCUAGAAGUGCUUGAUAACAAUAUCUGUGAUAUAUUUCACGACUGCCCCAUUUCGUUGAUACAAUUCGUUUUAGCGUUCAAUAAACCAAAGAACAAACCUCAAUGA